AUGCCGCUUGAAGCAUUGAUAAUAAAAACGGUCGAAAUUGAGGUGCACUUUGAGCGGGAGGAUAUUUUUGUAAUGCAAAUAUUGCCAGUAGUAUUAGCAGUAGUAGCUGCCCUAGUUUUUGUUUACCCAAUUUUCAAUCCAACACGGGCUGAAGCGCCCGUGGCGCUCAGAUUCCAUCAGGGGAAAGGGAGCCAGGCUAGCUCGAGGCUUUCUAACUUUAAUCUCCAAUGUCCCUCUCUGGCUCGCGUACUCUCCUCUUCAGAAUUGUUCCCAAAAUCGUGACCAAGGCUGUCGUCUGCAGCCUGCCAACCGACCAAUGAGGAGCUGGCGGCGACUGAACUGCCAGUAUCGGACCGACCAAUGGGCGCAAAGCAGCCAUUUUGCUAUCUUGUCCUAUCUCAGCCUCAAUCUCACUGUUUCCAGUCUGUUCUGCUUAUUUCGUCGCUAGCUUCCCUAAUACAUAGUUAUGUCACUUUAUUUUACGCCUUAGUCAACUUUUGUGAUCCUUCUCCGGAACUGGCGGCCUGUCGCCAUGACCAUCUUAACAGGCCUUUCAUUUGCUUUCCUGAACGCUUCCUUGAACUUUCUUUCGCCUCACUCAAUUCUCACAGCCACUUCGGACCCGCCCAGUUUUCUUUGUUGAACUCACUUCCAUUUCCACUGAAAGUGUUUGGUGAGGAAAUUGGCAGAUCAAACACACCAGAAGAGGACAGUGGAUUCUUCUUGACCAACUAUCGAUUGGCUUUAUUGGAACAUUCUCAUUGGCGCCGUUUCUGA